UUUUAUAGAAAAGCAUGGAAAAAUUUGGGUACAUUAAAGCAAUUGUUUCCUCUAUCUCAUCUUAUGAUGCUUACAGCUACAUGUUCGACUAACGAGGCUCGAAAGAUACAAUAGAUUAUGAAUAUUGAAGUGGGUGAUCUUAAUAUUAUUCGGAGUUCCUCUUUUGUACGUUCCGAAAUUACUUUUGAAGUUCAAACCAAAAGUUCUAAGGAGAAGACUAUCAAUGAAAUUUGCGAGCAAAUUCAAAAAAUUGAAAAUGAAUAUUGUAUAAUUUAUUGUGCAUCACCAGCAAGUUGUGAAGAAAUAUUAGAAUUGAUUAGAACAAAGCUUGAUAUUUCUUUAGAUAUAUAUCACGGUAAACUAGAAAGCAUAACACGGCAUCAAUCAAUUACACGCUGGAAAGCAGGUUUAACUCAAGUCAUGGUUGCAACAAAUGCUUUUGGACUAGGGAUCAAUAUGUCUAAUGUUCGCUUGGUAAUUCAUUACACGUUUCCACUUAGUUUAGGAAAUCUUAUUCAAGAAGCUGGAAGGGCAGGACGUGAUAGAAGAGAAGCAAAACAUACCAUUUAUUACUCACGACAAGAUAUCAAAACUGUGUAUGGAAUUGUUGCAGGCGAAGAAAGCUCGACAAAUGAUUUAGAAUACCAAGAGUAUCUUGAAGAAAGACAAAAGAAAAUU